UCCAAUCGUGGAAAUGGCGCUCCGCGUUGUAGAAGCCUGAAGUCAGAGGCAGCAUCGCGUGCUUGUCAGCGGAUUUAAGCUCCCGUAGGGCUCUACGGACUUCUAUACUUUAAAAAGGAGCGGAUUAUGACAGAGGACGCAAGGGAAUCGGGAGAUUCGUCCAGGAAAACAAUACAUUCGUGGCUUGGAUAAAGCCGUGAACGUCUCCGGACAGGGAACAAUGCAUGACCUGACAGCCCAAGUCACCAGCAGCCUGCUGCCGUUCCCAGACGUUAUUAAAGAUGCUCUCGGGGAGGAUGAGAUCACUCUGGACUCUGUGCUACAUGGGAAGUUCACUGUUGGCCGCAGUGGGCUGGCUUGGCUGGCCUGUGGCCCCCAUUUGGAGGUUGUCCAUGCUGUGACAGGAGAACGUCUGUCUGCAUACUGCUUCAGUGGUGGAGGCGAGCACCCACCCUGUGUCCAUGCAGCCCGGGACUUCGGCUGGCUCAAACGGUCUGGAUUACUGGUUGGCUUGGAGGAAGCGGAGGGCAGCGUGCUAUGUCUUUAUGACUUGGGACUGUCCAGGGUGGUGAAAGCGGUGGUUAUACCAGGGAGGAUUACAGCCAUUGAGCCGAUCGUGAGUUAUGGCGGAGCAAGCACUUCGACUCAGCACCUUCACCAGAGUCUCCGCUGGUUCUUCGGCAUCGCUGCCGUGGUAACGGAUCUGGGUCAUGUUCUGCUGGUGGACCUCUGUCUUGAUGACUUGAGCUGCAGCCAAAGUGAACUGGAGUCUUCAGACCUGCAGGUAGUCACCAAAUCUCCUGCAGAGAUCCCCCGGCUGAGAGAAGUCAGCACCAGGCAGGGCCGACAUCUUUGUCUCCAGCUCAAUGGGCCCAGUGGAGUUGGAGCCACAGCCCUGCAGUACAUCCCCAGGACCAACCAGCUGGCGGUGGGAUUUUCAGAUGGACACUUGCAUCUGUGGAACAUGAAGACUCUAAAAAAGGAAUACCACUCCCAGUUAGAGGGUGGCAGGGUGCCUGUGCACACCUUCACUUUUCAGGAGCCAGAAAAUGACCCCAGGAACUGUUGCUACCUCUGGGCUGUCCAGUCUUCUCAGGACCUUGAUGGAGAUAUGGUCAGCCUCCGCCUGCUGCAGAUGGCCUUCAGUGAAAGGAAGUGUCUACCUUCUGGGAAGAUCCUCUAUGAGGGUCUGGAGUACUGCGAGGAACGGUACAGCCAGGAGUUAAGCGGCUCCGCUUUCCCUCUCAGGCACCAGUCCACCAACACCCGCCUGCUGAGUUGCCAGACUAUCGAGAAGUUCCGACCCCACCCUGACAGGGAUGACAGCAUGAACGAAGUUGCCUCUCCGGACACCAGCGUGUCCAUCUUCAGCUGGCAAGUCAAGGCCUACGGUCAGGGAACCCCGUCUACCUACAUCGGGGUUUUUGACAUCAACCGUUGGUACCACGCACAGAUGCCGGACUCUUUGAGAACGGGAGAGACUCUGCAGAACUGUCCCUACCUGGCAGUUUGGUCUCUGGACCCAGUGGUGCAGAUGGUGUCUCAACAUGUCCUCCUGGAUGUGGUGGUGCACGACCGCAGCCUGAGCAGGGGCCUGCCCUUCACCUGCCCCCCACCAGAACAGUACUUCAACCCCACCACAUAUAACUUUGAUGUAACGUGCCUGUUUAACUCUGGAAUCGUGCACUCGACCUGCUCUGGAUAUCAGAAAGAGACCCUGAGCUUUUUGAAGAAAGCCGCCCCGUGUUCCAGUGACGUCAUCUCCAUGAGCUACGCGCGCUGCCUCAUGUCCGGCCUGCUUUCAUCUCGCCUGGCUGACACGCAGGCUUCCAGCCUCUCUCAGGAGCAGCAGCUGGAUGCCAUCAUGUCGACAGCAGUGGAGACCAGCUCCUUGGGACUGAUCACUGGCUGCAUUAAGCAGUGGACUGCAGAAGAACAACCGGGCUCUGCACUGAACCUGCGCUACAUUCUGGACUGGGCCUGGAACAAAGUGGUUGGGACCAAGCAGGAACUGGAUGGCAUCUGCGCUCCGCUGUUUGACAGCUCGUCCAACUUCACGGACCCUCAGACCCUGCAGCUGCUGCAGCACAGCCAGAGGAUGCUCAGUAACCUCAGCACCAUCUUCCACUGUCUGCUCAGUGAAGCCCAGGAACUCACACAAAAAGGCCUGCUGGGUCUGAUGAACAAGAACUUGGUGUCCAGUCUGAUUUCCAAGUACGCUCAGGUGGUGCUCUGGUUCUGCCGUACCGGUCUACUGCCUGAAGGAUCAGAGGACAACGCGCUCCAGAUCUCCAGGCCUAUCUACACUCACUCAAUCAUCAGCAACUAUUACACUAUACGCCGAGAGGAGCUUACCGGGCUGGCUAAGGGCAAGUGGUGUGCCGACUGCCUGAUGAUUGAUGGCUUGGUUGGCCAGUGUGGUGAAAGCUUGACCGACUUGUGGAAGAGGGACGAGGGUGGGACGGGGCAAUACCCACCACCCACAUUGCAUGCUCUGUUGGACAUUUAUCUACUGGACAAUAUUGAAGAGGCUGUUAAAAAUGCAAUUGUGAUUUACCUGUUGCUCGACGUGAUGUACUCCUUCCCCAAUAAGGAGGGAGCAUCAGUGGAGUCUUUCCCCCCAGCUUUUGCAAUCCCUAUUGGACUUGUGAAACUAGUACAGGGCCUCUGGCUGCUGGACCACCAUGACCACCAGAGUUCAUUCGAGUUGCUCCUGCAUCCAGCCGCCUCUCAGUGUCAGUUUGAGUGGCAACAUGAGCGCGUCCUACAAGCACUGAUGUGCCAGGGCCAACAUUCGGUGGCACUGCGAUACUUCCACGUUACAAAGCCCCCGAUUUCCUCCACCUCCCAGGCCAAACUCUGUCUGUCUGUACUGCUACACAACAGGUGUCUCGUAGAGGCGUGGUCCUUCCUGCGCCAGCACUCAAAUCGCCUCAACAUGGGAGAGCUGCUGAACUUCCUGUACGAGAGCUGCCAGGAGCUGUGCCUCAUCAAGGAGCUGCUCAAACUGCCCCUGGGCCUCACUGAGCAGGAGAGUUUGGAGAAGUUUCUCCAGUGUACCGGCGGCCUCCAGAACAGAGAACUACUGAUUGUUCAUUACCUUCAGCAGUCUAACUUCAUUCCUGCCCUGCAGCUCAACCACAGCCUCAAAAUGAACCUGGUGAAUGAGCGAGACCCAAAGCUUAAAGAACGGGCCAACACCAGGAACCUGAUCAUGGACCAGUACGGCAAGGUGUUGCCCAGAGUUCAGAGGAAACUAGCGAUGGAGAGAGCAAAGCCCUACCAGCAUCCUUGUGCCGUCCACAGGGAAGUUUCUCGGCCACAGCCGCUGUCGAGCAUCACCAAGCGCUCCAGCAGUGAGAAGGUGAUGUCGAGGGCCGGCUUCAUCAACAACGUCCUGACCAAGAUUGAGGAGGUGUGGUUGGGCAAAGGAGCGACGCCAACGUCCUCCCCAGCCAAGAGCCACGGGGCAGCUGGUUUUCAGAGCCCCAGGCCCUCCAUGGCCUUCUCUGACCCCUUUCUGGGAACUCCCAUUACCAUGACCUCCAAACGAAAGUCAAGACUGAUGGACUUGGUGGUUCACCCCUCCUAUCAGACCCCUCGGCCUCUUCUGAGCCCCCCCAGACCUCCUAGCUCCUGGGUUUCUCCAAAGAGCAUUAGCAAGGCCCCUGAACUCAGUCUGCUGCAAACGCCGCAGGUUGUCAAGCGAGCUCGGGCCCUGGCUGCUUCUGGCCCCGUGUUCUCGGCCUUCACUCCCCAGUCCAUCCUGCGCAGCAGCCUGAGGCCCACGCCCGUCGCCACCCCGUCCGCUUCUCCGGGACGCUCCGUCACCCCCCCACUCCGUGGCAAAGAGAGCCGGAUCACCUUCACCGAAGAGGCAGAAUCUCCUGAACCGGAGAAAGGCAUCCGAUGGACCAAUGGGAUGGCAGCAGGCAGUGAGAUUAGCCACCUGACCAGGGGCCCCAUGCUAUCCAAGCUCCCACAUAAGACCUGGUCCUCACAGCCUGCUGAGGAGGAUGAGAAUAGAGACGGGGAAGGCGAACAGCCUUGUGUGAAGUUCUUGUCCCCAGAAGGUGGCAUUCCCUCCCCACAGCUGAGAUGCUUUGAGAGCGAGUCAUCCUUCAUCCGCGAAGCCUCUGCAGAAACGCGACCGUCGGAUGCAACUCGAGCACAACUUAGCUUGAGCUUUGACACCAGCCAGAUAUCCGUUCGUUCAACAGACACCACUCUAGAAUUUUACGAUGCACCUCUUGCUGAUAUCUCAGAGGACCAGGAAGUAAAAGAGGGGCUUACAACUACAGAGACGGAAGAAGAGGGAGUGCCAGUGAACAUCGAAGGCCUAACUGAAAAUCAAGAAGUCAAAGAAGAGACCUCGCCAACCACUGGACUAACCCUCCUCCUGGCAUCCGAGGAUGUAGAGAGGGCAGAAGAAGAGGUCGAGGAAGAUGAAGAAAGUGAGGAUGGGAUGGAGGUCGGUCUUGAAGAGGAGACUAAAGACAAAGAAAAAGAGCAGGAUGAACAGGAUGUUGAGUCAAUUAGUGAAGAUAAAGAGGCUGCAACUCUUCAUGAGGUGGACAUUUCUAUUCACAAUCAAGUUUGUAACCAGGUAACUGAGAGCACGGACUCUGGCCCUGAAGUCAAAUGCCCGGAUGUAGGAGUGGGACAGGACGUCCAGACAGAAGCCACUGAACCCACAGAAGAGUAUCUGAAGCAAUCAACAGAUCUGACCGACUUUGUGAAGAGACAUCUGUUUGGCAGCGACCUUCCGCUCGCCCGCUCAGGAAUCCACAACGCAUCACAGACCCAGACAUCCUUCAACAGUGAGUCACUCGGUGAGGUUGAAGAGGAGGCGGAGGCCAGUGUUGAAGCUCCGCCAGUGAUCACCAGCCAAAUAUCUACUGCCUCUGUGACAUCCUCCGAGCACUCUAGCACAGAUUCCCACUCUGUUGCGAGUGUAAACGAUAGUGGAGAGCUUUCUAGUUCUGUGUCUGAGGAGGAUGAGGAAGAUGAGGAGGAGGAAGAUGAGUCUGUUGAAGAGGAGGUGGAGGAGGAGGAGGAGGAGGACUCUGGUAGUGAGGUGGAGAUCAUUGAGGAGGUCCAGGGUAACGGGAGGCUUCCACCCCUCCAACCCACUUCAGUCAUUGAGCAGCAGGGAGACGCACACUUCCUGCCAAGUCUGUCGGAGCAGGACGCUGCAGAGUUCUCUCUGAUUCCACCCGGUGCAGAGAUGAAGAUUGUAGAGGAGGACAUGGAGGGUGAGGUGGUGAUCUUGAGACUCGGGGAAGAUGAAGAAGGGAUGGAGGCAGAUGAGGAGGAAGAGCAAGGAUCAUCAUACUCUACUACUCUAUUAGUACCCCUGACGCUUGUGGAGGGGCAGGGUGGGCUGGGCGAUGGUUCUCAGCUGGGUCUCCCUGAACUACAGCAAACCAUUGUGCCAGAUGGUCCAAGGUCUGAGACUCACAGCGGCCUUUCUCUGAUCCUCGAUAUGGACGAUGACAGGAAUGAAGAGGCAGACACACUUCCUAUGGAGAAUGAUCUGCAGUCCUCCGACCCUCGCCCCCUGUCUCCAGCAGUGGAGGCUAUUGAAGAAUUUGUGGCCAAACCUGAGGUUAUUCUUUUGAGCACAGAUGAUCAGGAUUCUCCUCUUUCUGGAGAAGUGUCCGAAGAGGAACAGAGGAAAGAGAUGGACACCGUGGAUGGAAUUGAGCUGGAUGGAACAACAGAGUCAGAACUUGCUAAACUUGCUGACUUCCAAACUGAAAACACUGAGACAAACCAUGAGGCAGAAGAUGCUGAAGAACAGAGUGAUGCAAAGUAUGUAACAUUGGUUGAAGUCCAUGAACCUGAAGGUCUCUCAGUCUCUGGGUCAACUCCAGUGGGAGAAGUCCCAGCAGUAAUGUUGGCAGAAGAUCAAGAACCUGAAGGUCUCUCAGUCUCUGGGUCAACUCCAGUGGGAGAAGUCCCAGCAGUAAUGUUGGCAAAAGAUCAAGAACCUGAAGGUCUAUCAACUUCUGGAGAAAGUCCAGUGGGGGAAGUCCCAGAAGAAAUGUUGCCGGAAGACCAGGAACCUGAAGGUCUUUCAACGUUUGGACCAGGUUCAGUGGAAGAAGUCCCAGCAGAAAUGUUAGCUGACGAUCAGGAACCUGAAGGUCUAUCAACUUCUGGAGCAAGUCCAGUGGGUGAAGUCCCGGAAGAAAUGUUGUCGGAAGAUCAGGAACCUGAAGGUCUAUCAACAUCUGGACCAGGUUCAGUGGAAGAAGUCCCAGCAGUAAUGUUGGCUGACGAUCAGGAACCUGAAGGUCUAUCAAUGUCUGAACCAAGUCCAGAGGGAGAAGUCCCAGCAGUAAUGUUGGCUGAUGAUCAGGAACCUGAAGGUCUAUCAACUUCUAGAUCAAGUCCAGUGGGUGAAAUCCCAGCAGUAAUGUUAGCUGACGAUGAGGAGCCUGAAGGUCUAUCAACUUCUGGAUCAAGUCCAGUGGGUGAAGUCCCAGCAGUAAUGUUGGCUGACGAUCAGGAACCUGAAGGUCUAUCAACUUCUGGAUCAAGUCCAGUGGGUGAAAUCCCAGCAGUAAUGUUGGCUGACGAUGAGGAACCUGAAGGUCUAUCAACUUCUGGAUCAAGUCCAGUGGGUGAAAUCCCAGCAGUAAUGUUGGCUGACGAUGAGGAACCUGAAGGUCUAUCAACUUCUGGAUCAAGUCCAGUGGGUGAAGUCCCAGCAGUAAUGUUGGCUGACGAUCAGGAACCUGAAGGUCUAUCAACUUCUGGAUCAAGUCCAGUGGGUGAAGUCCCAGCAGUAAUGUUGGCUGACAAUCAGGAACCUGAAGGUCUAUCAACUUCUGGAUCAAGUCCAGUGGGUGAAGUCCCAGCAGUAAUGUUGGCUGACUAUCAGGAACCUGAAGGUCUAUCAAUGUCUGAACCAAGUCCAGAGGGAGAAGUCCCAGCAGUAAUGUUGGCUGACGAUGAGGAACCUGAAGGUCUUACGGUCUCUGGACCAAGUCCAGUGGGAGAAGUCCCAACAGAAAUGUUAGCUGACGAUCAGAAACCUGAAGGUCUUUCAACAUCUGGACCAGGUUCAGUGGAAGAAGUCCCAGCAGAAAUGUUAGCUGAUGAUCAGGAACCUGAAGGUCCAUCAACUUCUGGAGAAAGUCCAGUGGGUGAAGUCGUCCCAGAAGAAAUGUUGUCGGAAGAUCAGGGACCUGAAGUAGGUCUUUCAACGUCUGGACCAAGUUCAGUGGAAGAAGUCCCAGCACAAAUGUUGGCAGACGAUCAGGAACCUGAAGGUCUAUCAGCUUCUGGACCAAGUCCAGUGGGAGAACUCCCAGCUGAAAUGUUAGCUGACGAUGAGGAACCUGAAGGUCUUUCGGUCUCUGAACCAAGUCCAGUGGAAGAACUCCCUGCAGAAAUGUUGGCUGACGAUCAGGAACCUGAAGGUCUAUUAACGUCUGGACCAGGUUCAGUGGGAGAACUCCCUGCAGUUGUGAAUGACAAAGAAGCUUCGCCAGAGAAACCUACUACUGCUGAGGAGAAGAUGGGAAAGGAAGACGACCCAACACCUGUGGACCAGGAAGCUAAUGGGGAUGUUAAUAUGGACACGGAGGCCACAGAGACUGCUACUGUUGUGGAAGAGAAGCAGCAGGUCCACAAAUCCUUAGCAGAGCCGGGAGAGGAUAACGGGGAAGAAAUCAAGCUGGAGAAUGAAACGACAACAAGAAGAAGAAGAAUAACCAGGGGAAGUCGGAGUAAAGAUAAUGGUGAAGAGGAGCUUGUGAAGCAGAUUAGCCAGACGGAGGAACAGCCCGUGCUCGAGACGCCUACUUCUCAGAGGAAAAUGAAAGCACCUUCCACCUCAACACGGAGGACCACGAGAGGGAGGACAGUUCCCUUUAUUCCUCCCCUCCUGGAAGAAGCAGAGGCGUUAGAGGAGGUGGACACAAGCAACGUCUUACUUGUCUCACCACGUCGUACAUCUAGAAAACGUAAACAGAGCAAAGGGACUCGAUUCCAAGCUAGCACACCUCGAAGAAGCCCUCGCAAUGCUCAGCUCGAGCCUCCUAAUUACACGGUGGACGAGUGGGACGCCGUGGAUAUUGACGCCACGUUUGCAUCGACCUCCAAGGCCUCGUCUCCAGCCAGACGGCUCGCAUCCCAGAGGGCCACUCCAACAAGGACCGGCAAAAGGACCCAGAGCGAAGAUGAUGAGGAACAAGAGGCCGUCGCCAAAGACACAAUAGUCUCUCGACGAGCAAGCGCCAGGACUCCCACACCGGCCAAACGCAGGACCACCCUGGAAAACACUCCCAGGAGGUCCAGCAGAAGAACAUUGAGUAGCAUUGAGGCGGCGCUAACACCAUUCGAGACCUUGGAAGAGGUGAAUGAAGAGGUGGAGGUCUUUGCUUCCCCCGUCAAACGCAACUCCAGAAAAGGUCAAACCGACUCAUCCGAGACGCAGCCGUCACUGUUCGACGAGGGAGAAGGCAAAACACCCAGCAGCCCCGGCAGGACAACGCGACAGUCCAACCGGAUUACCCUCAAUGUUUUCCCACAAGUGAAACUGGUUCCAUUAUUAUUUCCUCAGAGUGCAAGGAAGAUGAGAGGGACCGACAAUAUUAAAGAACCAGAACUGAACAGCAACAGCUCCCGUCGACCGACUCGAAGCAAACUCUGGGACCCCCCAGAGGAAGACCUUCCCCUGCUGGAUUCACCGCUGGAGGUGGAUUCUGAAACCCCCGUCGCAGACGCCCUCAUCAAGAGGCUUAAGGAUGAGGAGGAACGAGAUGAAGCAGGAAUAGUCGUCACAAAGACGGUGAGAACCAGCAAGAGGAGUACGAAGUUGUCGGGGGAGGAGGCGCACAGCCCGGUCCCUGAGAAGUCCAGUCCAGACGAGCGUGCUUUCAUCUACUCCCCCUCACGAAGAAAAACAAGAGCUACAAGAGCCGAGUCUCCUGAGCCGAGUGGAGAGUCUGACGCGCCCGUCACCCGCAGCAGGAGAAGAGGCUUCAAAGGCGCCGCCGACGCUCCUCACGAUGAAUUUGCUCCAGAAAAAGAUCUUGUAGAAGUGGAGAAAGCAGCAAGUGUUCCUAAGACCAGAAAAGCAGGCAAAAGAACAGCAAAAUCCAAAGCCGUUUUUGAGGCUCCUCCCAUAACGGAGGCGGACCUGAUCUCACCUCUGGCCAGCCCAGCUGAUCCGCUCCCAAUGGCGCUGAAGAGGAUUUUAGACGGAGAGGCCGCGACCUCGGGCUUUAACCUUCGACGCAAACGCAUCAUGGAAACCGUUUUCACAAAACCUGUCACGCGGAGGAAGAAACUUUAAGGAGGUCAGCCGUGGUUUUGACCUCAAGACGGCCCCCAUACGAGCGGAACAAACUCGGGUCAGACGCUGUCAAAAUAAAAGUGUAAAUGCCUAAACUCGCGAAGGUUCCAUAUCCUCAAACGCCUCAGAGCUGUGGCUCUCUUUUGUAUAUUUACUCCCCCGCAGAACAAUAAACAAAAGCAUCGUAGGUGGGAAAAUCUAUUUUUUAGAACAACCCGCCCCCCCCCCCCCCCUCCUCCGUGGAUAGCUGUGUGAGCGAGGCGUAUAUAUUUUUGUGAGUGCACACAUCCAGCUCGUACGAACUGGAUUUCACUUGAUAUCGUAUGCGUUGCCGUUUCGUGUCGGGCGCGUUGCGAUGCUCCUCGUAAUCCACUUAAUUCUCUGGACGUAGAACGGCACCAGGGAAAGCAAUCGAUUUUAAAAAGCUCCUCCAGCCAGACUGAACUGAACCUCCCUCUAAUAAAGAGGUUUUAUUCCCUUUCUUCUUUUUUGGUUUAGUUUUUAGAUUUUGAGGCGUGCUUGUUUUUCUAUUUCAGAAGAAAAGCAAUCAACCGAGUGGAGACGAACAUUUUUACUGGUAAAUUUGUAAAUAGUCUUUUGCUAUGUUCCAAAUAAAGUUGAUUGAUAAAUCAUUAAGAAUUACAUUCUUUCUGAACUUUUAAGUGUCUCGAAUGUGUUUGAUCAUCUAUGUAGACUGCCUGUGCCAUCGUCGUAAGAGUUCAGUCGAUCAGUGUGUGAUUUCCCUGUGAGCGAGGCACAGACUUGGACACUAAUCCGAUUUUAGAUUCUGUGUUAUGGGAAUGUUGAGUCGUGUGAAAGAAACGACAUGCAGUUUGGAGUUGUUAAAAUUGUAUUGGGUUCAUGUUUAAUUAAAUUAAUGUCAACCACCAUCUGACACAUAGGCUAUUUUCUGAUGAAUGUAUGUAGAAUGUCUUAUUUUUGAUGACUGCUGUUUGAUAAAUAUGGUAACGCUUGAAUACUU